AUGGCUGCCCAGCAACAAAAGAGAAACAUUGUCAUUGUCGGUGGCGGCAUCAUCGGUUGCACAACCGCCUACUUCCUCACCCGCCAUCCCAAGUUCGACCCGGCCCAGCAUACCAUCACUCUUCUCGAGGCCAGCUCCAUCGCCGCGGGCGCAUCUGGAAAAGCCGGCGGUCUCCUCGCCCUUUGGGCUUAUCCCGAAUGUCUCGUUCCCCUCUCCUACCGCCUGCACCGGGAACUCGCCGAUGAGCACAACGGUGCCGAGCGCUGGGGUUACCGGCAGGUCGGCUGCGGAACCAUCGGUGCGGUCGUCAAGAAUACCGACCUUAAGGCUCGCGGCCAGGGAACAUCAGCCUCGACGACAUCCGACUUGAAGGAGCCCAACGGUACCACAGCAGCAGCCCCCAACGCCCACCUCCCCAUCCAGGCCGAAGACGAAAAGAUCUCUAAAGAUUGGGAGAAACUUCCCAAGCAAGACGUGGCCGCGACCUCUCUUCUCUCCAAAUCCGUCCUGCCCCCGGAUCUCGACUGGGUUGACGCCUCGCUCGUACGCUCAUGGGAUGUCAUGGGCCGACGCGGGGAGACCGAGACCGCGCAAGCACACCCCUUCCACUUCACCAACGCCAUGGCGGAUCUAGCCGCCGCCAAGGGCGUGGACAUUCGGUUGGGUGCCAAGGUGACCAACAUCACUUCUUCUUCUUCUUCAGCCCCUAACGGCAGGGUAGACACAGUCGAGUACCAGGACCGCAACAACAACGACGAAAUCAAAUCCAUUACGGGAGUAACAGACGUGAUUCUGACCGCCGGCCCUUGGACGGGUAAAAUCUUGCCUCGGUCCAAGAUCGAAGGGUUGCGCGCCCACAGCGUGGUGUACGAGGCGGAAGUGAGUCCGUACGCGGUGUUUACGGAUAUUGAGCUGCCGAGCGACUGGACGCCGGAGCAUCGGCGGGUAAAGGGGCAAAAGAGAAAGCAUAGGGGACAUGUGGAUCCGGAGAUUUAUGCGAGGCCCUUUGGGGAGGUUUACGCUUGUGGCGAACCAGACAAAACCAUUCCUCUCCCCGAAACAGCAGACCAAGUUCAAUGCGACGAAGACCAAUGCAACGACCUGAUUUCCUACAUCGCUACCGUCAGCCCGAUUCUUGCGUCUGCCCCCGUCAAGGCCAAGCAGGCUUGCUACCUCCCUCAGCAUGUCCGAUUCGGAGAGGAGAGGGGUCCGCUUAUAGGCCAAACUUCUACGCCUGGCUUGUGGAUUGCGGCCGGACAUACGUGCUGGGGGAUCCAGAACGGACCAGCCACCGGCUUGUUGAUGUCUGAACUGAUUUUCGAUGGACAGACCAAGAGUGCGGACAUUGACAAGCUGGAUCCCAAGAAGUUCAAGGUUUAA